AUGGGCAGCGAGGUAGAAGCUCUCGAAGAGAAUAAUACUUGGACGUUGGAAGACUUACCUCCAGGAAAGCGUGCAAUUGGCUGUAAAUGGGUCUAUAAAAUCAAGUACAACGCUGAUGGCACGAUUGAACGAUACAAAGCCAGGCUUGUUGCACUUGGCAAUAAACAGAUUGAAGGAGAAGACUACGGUGAGACUUUUGCACCGGUUGCUCGAAUGGGAACUGUUUGUUUGUUUCUUAAAGUUGCAGCAGGAAACAAUUGGCCGGUGUACCAAAUGGAUGUACACAACGCCUUCUUACAUGGAGAUCUUGUCGAAGAGGUUUAUAUGAAACCACCUCCAGGCUUUUAUCCGAAUGAUGAUCAGGAUGUGUGCCGUUUGCGAAAAUCGAUUUAUGGUCUUAAACAGGCACCUCGAUGUUGGUUUGAGAAACUCACCAAAGCCUUGAGAGUGUACGGGUUUCAACAGUGCUAUUCCGACUACUCCCUGUUUACGUUUGACAAGAAGGGAGUAACUAUUAAUCUCCUUAUAUAUGUUGAUGACAUGAUCCUCACAGGAAACUCGGAGACAGAUUUGCAGAAAUUUAAAGAUUAUUUGUCUUCGUGUUUCAAGAUGAAGGAUCUCGGCGCUUUGAAAUAUUUUUUGGGCAUUGAAGUGGCUAGGAGUAAGCAGGGUUUCUAUCUCAGCCAGAGAAAAUAUGUUUUGGACAUUCUCUCUGAAACUGGAAUGUUAGGAUGCAAACCCGCAUCUUUUCCGCUGGAACAACAUAAGAAACUGGCGCUUUCUGAGUCUGCCUAUUUGGUUGAUCCUACUCCAUACCGUCGACUGAUUGGGCGGUUUAUCUACUUGGCUGCAACUGCCCUGAUCUGGCGUUCAGUGUGCAUAUUUUGUCACAAUUUAUGCAGAAACCUAGGGCUGCACAUUGGGAAUCGGCUUUACGCAUUGUCCGCUAUCUCAAAGGAAAUCCAGGACAGAGGAUAUUGUUGUCUUCCGAGAACAAUUUCCAGAUUUCAGGUAGAUCUCUACUUGCUAUCGCAAGUUGCAUUCCCAACAGGAGGAUUGUACUUCAAGAACGAGACAUGGGUUAAAGAGACAAAAGGGAAACAUGUCAUAGUCCACAACAACUAUAUUGUUGGUUACGCCAAUAAGAUGAAACGCUUUCAAGAAUUUGGCCUAUGGCUAGUGGAUGAUCAUGCUCUUGAAUCACCUCUAGGAAAAUUAGAGUAA